AUGGCAUUCCACGGAAGUCAAACGACUGGUUCUUCUGCAUUUUCAUCGCAGCACGAGGACAUCUAUGGCUGCAAGCUCCAAGCUGCAUAUGUUGGGAUGUUGUACGGUGGUAUUCCUGCUGCAAGGCAUGCUAAAAUCCAUUACAUCGAGCAGAAUCAAGCUGAGGUGUAUAAGCAUCGCUUGGAGGCUGUGAGGUCAGCACAAGAUGCCGGAGUCCGGGGCUUUGUUCGUUAUGGCUGGCGAUGGAGCUGGAGAGUCGCUGUGUUUGUAUUGAUAUUCAACACAGUUAGCAUAGGUCUGACUGUGUAUCAUGAUCAGAAUCUUCUGAGGCAUUACUCUGUAGCUGGAGUAAACACAGGAGAAGUAUCCUGGACGAGCCCCAAAACCAAGAGGAGGUGAUGGAAGCGCAACAAGUUGUAUCAAUUGUAUCAGUGGAGCUUGGGGCUGUCAGACGCCAGCAAUGGGAUGGACAAACCUGAUACACUGACCAUGAUUUAUCCCUUUGAGCAAUACAACUAUAGAGUCCCAGAGGAGGAGCCGCAAGCUGUUCAGCUACUGGGAACCAAUCGCAUUGAUGUUGGCAGACAGAAUGCCUUUGUCAUUGACAACUGGUUACCUGUUCACAAAUGA